GGCACUGAGGACGGUACGUCUGUCAUUUACGAGUUUUACAGUGACCAGAUCGGCAUUGCGCAAUUGCAAAAGAAAUGCGUGUCCGUGAUGCAACGAUUCACGUGUUUGGCUGCACGUCGGGAACUCGCAUUCUUGGCCUGUCCGUGGAAGAGGGAUAUUGUGUCAAUUAAACACGACACCCACUGCCAACCAUGGUGGCAUCAGCGCGUGCGCCCUCAUGCAAGCUGCGCGACCUCUCCAAAGCGCGCAUGGCAUCACCUGCGCAGACCGUCUGCUGGCCAGCACUGCAGACUUUAUAGUAAAGAUGCAGACAGGGACACUAAGGACACUGAGCAUCCUGGCAUCACAGUGGUGGGCACCCCGGAUCCCAUCGCGUGGAUCAGGAAUAAGAUGAUCUUGUUUUUAAUUGAAUUGUGUUUUGGCUUGAAGUUCAGUGUGGAGUUUGACAGUGGUGUGAAACAGGCAGCAGUCCAUGUGUCUACUAUGCUCUCCAAAGGCAAGUUUGAUGAAUUAAGGAGUGUAAUGUCGAAGGAGGCUGUUGACAGUGUCAGAAAGAAAUAUAAAACUCUGUCAGAGGCCCAACAAAGACAUCUUGCCAUUUCCCUCGAUGACAUUAUAUUUCUGCUGCCUGAGGAUGUGUCCGUAUUCUUUGACCAGAGCGGCAGAAAGUUUCUGUACAUCACGAUGAGGCUUUGGUAUCUGUCCAGCGCAGACGUACCUGAGGACCCAGAGAGCACCCGCAUCUUCAGGAUGGACUUAACUGAAGACGAUGGUCCUCAAAAGAAGACCAUCACAGCUGUGUACGAAUUUUAUCGUGAGUUGACUGCUGGAGCUGAUCCAGAGUGGAUGGUGACCCGAAUAUGGCACUGGAAGCAACUGGAGUAAAACACACAUGACCCCUCACAAUACACUUUACCAGACUAAAACAAACAC